AUGUGGGAUAUAGCUCCAGAAUUUGGUGCUGCAAUAGUUUUCGCCGAACAUCGUUAUUAUGGUGAAAGUUUACCAUUUGGAAAUGAAACAUAUUCAAAUAUAUCAACAAUGGCAUAUUUAAGUUCAGAACAAGCACUUGGAGAUUUUGCUGUUUUAAUUAAAUAUUUAAAAGAAAAAAGAAUUAUUAAUGCUACAAAAAAAGCUGUUGUUUCAUUUGGUGGUUCUUAUGGUGGAAUGUUAACUGCUUGGAUGCGUAUUAAAGUUUAUAAUUUUUUUCGGCGCUGGUCUAGUUUAUGCGUCCAAUCAAAAAAUAAUUGGAUUUUUCUUAGUAUUACAAAGUUGGGGUAUGGUUCCAAAGCAUUUCUUCAUGUUCGGGACGUACGCCCACUGGGUCUGGGACAUUCGUUGCCUUAUCCCUCGAAAUUUCUGAAAGUUAAAUUGUUUUUUCGAAAUUUUUAA